UCUGUUAGGUGAUGUGAAUGCACUCAUAUCGCUAGCUGGGAUUAUAAUCUGCAACACGUACUCCAUUCCACCUUAACAGCUUUGCCUUUUUUUUAUGCAAUCAUGUAUCGCCUUUCAUUUUACAUGGCCGUGAUGAUAAUGUUGCACUUUCAUUUUUCAUUUGUUAACGCCUGCCGAGAUGAUGAAAGAAGUUACCUUCUCGACUUUAAAGGUGGCCUCAAUGAUUCCACGGGUCGAUUAAGGUCAUGGCAGCAAUUCAACUGUUGCCAAUGGCAGGGUGUCGUCUGUGACUAUCAUUCCGGCCAUGUUGUUUCCCUCGAUCUCAAAAACCGAAUUUAUGACCAAAAGCAAUGCACGGAGAGGGAUGAUCGAUGCCGUUUCAGUUGGAAGAUCCAUCCCUCCCUGUUCAACCUGCAGCGUCUGCAAUAUUUGGAUUUGAGCUGGAAUUUCUUCAAUUAUACUGCCAUACCUCCUCAGCUGGCAAAACUCCAGAGGCUUACAUUCCUUAACUUGGGAGGUGCUUAUUUUGGAGGCGAGAUCCCUUUGGAGUUGAGUAACAUUACAACCUUGCGCUACCUGGAUCUGUCAACAGAUUCGGCCUUAGAUUUGAGCGGACAUGACCGGGAGAGUCAGAGGUUUGCAGGAUGGAUAAGAAAUCUGAGAAACUUGGAAUACCUGAAUAUGAACUGGGUAAAUCUGUCAAUGGCAUCCGAGGAUUGGGGUAGCGCCCUUAGCAGCCUGUCUAAUCUCAGGGAGAUUCGCCUUAGUGGAUGUGGACUUUCAGGUACUAUACCUUCACUCCUAAACCUCACUCAUUUAUCCCACCUGCAUCUUUCAGAUAAUUCAUUUCCAUCCCCAUUGCCAGCUUGGUUUCAGAAUGUCUCGUCCUUGGUUUCCCUUGAUCUGUCUCGGUGUAGUCUCAACGGCUCCAUCCCUUCCAAUUUCUUGCACCGUUCGAGCCCAAGCUCUCUUGAAUUGUCAAGUAACAGCUAUCUAGGAGGAGUAAUUCCUCACUCCUUUGCAAAUUUUUCAAUGCUUGAGACGUUGUUACUCUCAGACAAUAAUUUAACAGGGGAUUUGCCACCAUUUGGAUCAUUAGUUAGUGGGCCUUCUUCUCUCCGACAUGUGGACCUAAGGAACAACCGGUUGUAUGGAACAAUUCCAGAUACCAUUUCAGAGCUUUAUUCCCUCACAGAUGUGUACCUCAGUAACAACCGAUUGUCUGGAACAAUUCCAGAUACCAUUUCAAAGCUUUCUUCCCUCGUAAAUCUGGACCUCAGUGACAACCAAUUGUCUGGAUCAAUAACAGAUACCAUUUCAAAGCUUGUCCACUUAGCAAGUUUGUUGCUCAGCUCCAACAAUUUAACUGGCAGUAUUGCCCUUUCCGCCCUGGAAGAUCUAGCUCACCUCGAAGAAUUGGACCUUUCUGAAAACCAACUUACAGUUAAUACCUCUUUAAGUGGGAUUCCGCAAUUGGCCCAACUGGAGUACCUGAGGUUAAGGUCUUGUAAUCUCCAAGGGCAGAUUUCUCCCUUUCUGUCUACUUUAUACUCACUAAAAGAAUUGGACUUGUCAGAUAAUAACCUUGUGGGGAAUAUUCCUAAUUGGUUGUGGGAUCUUCCCAGUCUUGAAGCGCUCUAUCUUUCACAUAACCGACUGGAAGGUUUUCUGCCACAUGUAUUUUUGUCCACUCAAUUCUCAUUAGAAUAUGUGGACUUAUCAGACAACAACAUUGUGGGAAAUAUUCCUACUUGGUUGUGGGAUCUUCCGGGUCUUGACAGGCUCAAUAUUUCACAUAAUCAACUGGAAGGUACUCUGCCCCCUGCUGUUUCCAACAUUGGAUUCACUCUCGACUUGCAUAACAAUAGCUUACAUGGCUCUAUUCCAGAUUUUUCUCUAUGGUUUUUAGACUUGUCAGAGAAUAGGUUCAAUGGUUCUAUUCCGCGCUCUAUAUGCUCUGACUUUGAUAGUUUAGAGUAUCUGGACUUGUCAAAGAACAGGCUAAAUGAUGUCAUUCCUACAAAUCUGGCGAGUUGUUCUUCUCUAUAUAUCUUGAAUUUGGCUCAAAAUUAUUUGGAAGGUGAGAUGCCAAGAGAGCUAGAAAAUCUGACUGAACUUCAGACACUAAAUCUCGGUGAAAACAAAUUGCAAGGUGUUAUCCCUCCAUCUAUUGCAAGUUGCACAAAACUCCGAGUGUUUGACAUAGGAAAGAACAGAAUUCAGGGAAGCAUCCCAGUUUGGAUUGUAGAACUAGCAGAGUUACGAAUUCUCAACUUGGCUUUUAAUAAGUUGCAAGGCACUUUUCCACCAGACUUGCAUAGGCUCAGGAAUCUUCAAAUUUUAGAUUUAUCUCAUAAUAAUUUAUCAGGACUUAUUCCUCAGAGUUUAGGGAAGUUGAAUGCUAUGGCGAAUCAGACACAAAGUGAUGUAAUAGAGAUGAGCUCCAGUGAUUGGGUUAUGGGAGAUGGUGUUGGUCUCGUUUUUCAAAUAAGGUUUGUGAAUCAAGUAACACUUUGGAUUAAGGGACGAGCAACUCCAUACCCUAAGAUUAUCAGUGCCUUCAAAUUUAUGGAUCUUUCCCACAACCAACUGUCAGGCAAUAUUCCUGAAGAAAUGGGAGAGCUGAAGGGUCUAAUUGCUCUCAACGUUUCAAACAACAAUCUGAGUGGCAGCAUUCCUGAAUCCUUUGGAGGUAUGGCUCAUCUGGAAUCUCUGGAUCUUUCGAGAAAUAUGUUGUCAGGCAAUAUUCCAGCAGAUCUUGUAAAUCUCACAUUCCUUUCUGUUCUGAAUGUUUCAAACAACAACCUUUCUGGGUUAAUACCACAAGGGAAGCAGUUUGCAACGUUUGAGGGUUCUUCUUAUUUGGGGAACCCCAAUCUUCACGGGCCUCCCUUGGAAAAUGGAACACUGAGAUCUGGUUGGGGUGAAAGAGGUGGCCAAGUACAGUCGAAUAGCACAGGAGUGUCAGAGACAGACACAUAUGAUGAAAUGGAUCGAUGGUGGGCAGUGUCAGUAGGAUUAUGUUUUGGGGUGGGAUUCGCCAGCAUAAUUGCAGUGCUGUGCUUUCACCUAGAAUGGAGAUACAAAUGUUUUAGUUUGCAGGAUAGGUUUAUCCAAUAUAUUUUUAAACAUUGAAUCCAUGCAGGAUAUAUUUUGAAUAGAGGAUGCAGGGAUCAAUCCCGAGAAAUGGGUUACAGUAAGUCUUAUGCUAAUAAUUGAAUGCUAGACUAUUUGUAAUAUUUAUUGAUAUGACAAUAAUUAAAUGCGAGACUAUUUGUAAUAUUUAUUGAUAUGACAAGACACUAUAUAAA